GUCCUGGUUCAAUAAAGUUUCCUUUGAAGAAAGACGACCAAUCAGAGACGAGCUUUGCGUCGUUACAUCCGGUUCACACAUUAUUUCCGCGUAGCCAGCGAAUCGCUGUUGCCAACUGUAAACCGGAGAUAAACGACAGCUAAUAAAGCUAAUAACGUUAUUUCAAAUAACUUUAAAGACGCCGGAAGUUUCCGCUGUCGUCGCCGGCCAUCUUGUUCUCGCAUCGGCUCCGCCCGGCUCAGAGAACUCACCCGGGCGGGGUUUAUAUUCCAGUUUCCUUUCUGGACCGAUGUGAGCAUGGCUGCUAGCGGGGAAACAGCUGGCAUGCCCUCGGGAGAAGUCCUGCAUCUGAACCGGGAGGAGGAAGAGGAGGAAGAAGAAGAAGAAGAAGAAGAGGGGGAUGACCUGCAGGACCUGGAGCUGGCGUUAACAGACAUGACCGUGGAAGACCUCCUGCAGGAGGUGAAGGCCGUGCAGACCGACAGGACGACCUCAGAGUCGGGCGUGAACACGGAGCCGGGCUGGGAGAGCGCGGUGGCGGCCAUGUUGGAUUACGGCGCCGGGCUGUCGGAGGAGUACGAAGGACUCAUGAAGAAGAAGAGCGAGGAGGCGCUGACGCACGAGAAGCACAAGCAGCAGGUGCAGAAGAAGAAGGAGGAGGCCACGCGGCAGCACCAGGUCCUCCAGGACAAGCUGGAGUCUCUGCGCGUGAAGCUGCAGCUCAACAACUCAAAAGCCACGAGGAAGAACUUCCUGGCCAAGAAACAGGAAAUGACCUCCGAGAAGAACCGGGCAGAGGAGGAGAAGAUCCGACUGACCAAGGAGCUGGAGGAGGGCGACCUCCGGCUGGCCUCCCUCUCUGAGGAGCAGUGGGAGGAGCAGAGCCGCCUGCAGGUGGAGGUGGAGGAGCUGAGGAGGGAGAUGGAGCGGGCGAGGAAGGAGGCGCGAGAGGCGGAGCAGCGAGCGCUGAGGGACGAGAUCUCAGCCGUGGAGAAGCAGCGAGACGUCGCCAUGACGCGCAUCGAGGCGUGGAGCGGCGAGGUGGGUCAGUACCUGAACGCUCUCCGGGUGGAGUCCCCACAGGAGUUCCAUCACGAGCGACCGAAGUGGGAGAAGAAGGAAGGUCUGGUCCGGAGGAACCGGGCCGAGCUCCAGAGCCGCUUCCAGGAGGUCCUGCAGCAGCUCCAGGAGGGCCGCGAGUUAGAGUCCCUCCCCAGGAUCAACGUCCCGUCUCUGCCGCAGGUUCCCGUGGCCGACCUGAGGUUCAGCCAGGUGAUGCAGCCACUGGUCCGUCCCCAGUUCAUGCCCCCCCCUCCUCCGAUGAACCACCCCUUCCCUCCCCAGAGAUACCCCCCCCACUACCAGCAGCCGUACCAGCCCCCUUACCACCCCCAGUACCGCUACCCCCCACCGCCACACCACCAGUUCCUCCCCCCCCCGCACCUCCUCCCCCCCCAGCACCUGCCUCCGUUCCAGCCCCACAUGAUGGUGACCCCCCCUCCCAGUCUCUCCCCGUCGCCUCCCGUCGCUCCGUCCCCGCCUCCCUCCUCCGGCGCCGCGAGCUCCGCCCCCGUCGGCAAACUGGACAAGUUCCUGGAGAAGCUCCGCACCCGUUUCCCACAAUGCACCAGGGCCCAGCUGAUGUCGCUGCUCCAGCAGGUGAAGAGCUCCCGCGGCACGCUGGCCGGCAUGUCCAUGGAGGAGGUGAUCGAGCAGGUGGGCUUCAAGCUGGUGCAGGGCGAGAGGUCGGCGCCGGGGCCCAUCAGCCGGCCCGCGCCCCCGGGCCCCAUCCAGAGGCCGGCGGCGGUUGGAGGUCCGGUUGGAGGUCCGGUUGGAGGUCCGGCCGUCGCGGCCCGUAAACUCUGCCUGAUGUGCCAGAACCACGUGGACCCGGAGAGCCGCCACCCGCUCGGCUGCUCCCACACCAUCCACAAAGACUGCAUCCGGGUCUGGCUCCAGUCCAGCAAGAACAACUCCUGCCCCUUCUGCCCGGGGAAGUGACCCGGGGGCCCAGAGGGUCCUCGAACGCCUCAAUACGUGCGAUCGAUGGGCGGUGCAUCUUUUUUAAUGUCUUAAAUAUAAAUCACUUCGUUCAUCAUGUACAGUUUGUAGCACAAGUUCAAGGUACUUGUACUUUAAUUGAGUUUUUUAUUUUCAUGCUACGUUCUAACUUCUGAGUUAAGUUUUCUUAAUGAAAUAAAUUCAAACAGGUUCAUCUGAAACAAUUAGAAGUUAA